AUGGAUAGUUGCAAGGUAAUGUCUACUCCAAUGGGAUCCGGAUCUUAUGUUGAUCAAUAUGAAUCAGGUGUUUCGGUUGACAUAACAAAGUAUCAAGGUAUGGUUGGUUCCUUACUUUAUUUGACGGCAAGCCGUCCUGAUAUUAUGUUCAGUGUGUGUCUUUGUGCUCGUUUUCAAGCCAAUCCAAAAGAAUCACAUAUUACCGUUGUUAAGAGGAUCAUGAAGUAUCUCAAGGGAACAACAAAUGUCGGCAUAUGGUAUCCUAAAGGUAGUAUUUGCAAAUUAGUUGGUUAUUCUGACGCUGAUUAUGCAGGAAGUAAAACUGAUCAAAAAAGUACUAGUGGUACAUGUCACAUCCUUGGAAAUGCAUUAGUAUCGUGGGCUUGCAAGAAACAAGCUUGUAUUGCUCUAAGCACUUCCGAAGCGGAAUACAUAGCAGCAGGUGUUCUAUGCCAACAUGGUGAAGAGAAGGGGAAGCUCACAUAUGUGAUGAAGGGGGUUCCAAUCUCCUUAAGAGCUUCUGGUAUAAGUGCUAUUCUUGAAAUUCCUACUGGUGGUCACAAUUUGUUGGGACAAAGGCUUUGUGGGAAGACUAUAGCAAACAUGCUUUCUACUAUAGUUUGA